UCUCCCAACAAUUCAUGCUUUCAUUUUCAUGGCACCUCUCUACGCCAGUUUCCGUCUCGCUGAUUGGACGCCCCAACCAAGUUUCAAUAAUUUUCUGGCAUUUUAGUUUAGCAUAUUCUCCUGGACUUUCCUUUCCUUAUCUUUGCCAAAACCUAUCGAUUCUACAUCACACAUCGAUCCCUGCCCUUUUUGCCAUUCCCUUCAAUCUUUCCCUUAAUGGGUCUUUCUGAAAGCUUUAUUUUUAUUACAGCUUCGGUGCUUACCUGCAGUCUUGCCACAGCUACAGCUUCUGCUUGCACCCAUGGACAGUGCGGGCUGUUGGAGAAAUGCUCAUCGGACCAAGAUUGUGAAUCUGGGCUCUAUUGUUUCUACUGCGUUGAAGGAUUUUCAAGCUAUAAAUGUGUGAGAUCGACUGCCACAGACCAAUUCAAGCUUCUGAAUAAUUCUCUGCCAUUCAACAAAUAUGCAUUUUUGACAACCCACAAUGCCUAUGCAAUUGAUGGAUAUCCAUCUCACACUGGAGUCCCUAGAUUAACUGUUACUAAUCAAGAAGAUACUGUCACUCAACAGCUAAAUAAUGGAGUUCGUGCCUUCAUGCUGGAUACCUAUGAUUUUCGUGGAGAUGUAUGGCUGUGUCAUUCAUUUAAAGGACACUGUUAUGACUAUACUGCAUUUGGGCCUGCUAUCGACACCCUGAAGGAAAUUGAAGCUUUCUUAUCAGCAAAUCCAUCAGAAAUUGUCACAAUAAUCUUGGAAGAUUAUGUUCAAGCUCCUAAAGGAUUAACAAAGGUGUUCACUGAUGCUGGAUUGAUGAAAUACUGGUUUCCAGUAAGGAACAUGCCCAAAAAUGGGCAGGAUUGGCCUCUAGUCAGGGACAUGAUCAAAAAUAACCAGAGGCUACUUGUAUUCACAUCAAUUGAAUCCAAAGAAAAAAUUGAAGGAAUUGCUUACCAGUGGAAUUACAUGGUUGAAAAUCAGUAUGGGGAUGGUGGUAUGCAGGCAGGGAGUUGUCCUAAUAGAGCGGAAUCGCCUUCCCUCAAUGACAAGAGUAAAUCAUUGGUGUUAGUAAAUUACUUCAGGACUAUUCCUAUGAAGGAACUCACAUGCAUAGAUAACUCUAGGGAACUCAUAGACAUGCUUCAUACUUGUUAUGAUGCUGCUGGCAACAGAUGGGCAAAUUUUGUUGCUGUCAAUUAUUACAAGAGGAGUCAAGGAGGAGGAUCAUUCCAAGCUGUGGACACACUAAAUGGGAAGCUCUUGUGUGGAUGUGAUGAUGUCCAUGCAUGUGUGCCUGGAACAAGUUUCUCAGCAGCCUGCUCUACCCAAGAUAAACUGCAGUGAAAGAAAUUUUGCAUUACACCUCAAUUUGUGAUAUUGAAAUGGAUUAACACUUGAAUGAAAUGAUAGUUUAGUAUUCUGUUCUCUUGAUAA